GUUUUAGACAUUGAAUCUGCAGAGAUUGAUCUGAAUAUAAGUUCAAUUGUUACUGAGCCAACGAGAUCAUAAAGCAAAAAAAUGGCAAAAAUAUCAGUACCCUUAGUGGGAUUUCUCCUAUUCAGUUUCUUGACAAUCACGGUACAAGCAGGAACUGGAUACAUGAAGUACAAGGACCCUAAGCAACCCAUUAACAAGCGGACUCAGGACCUCAUGCAACGAAUGACUGUUGAAGAAAAAGUUGGUCAGAUGGCACAACUUGACCGUACUCAAGCCACUCCAAAGAUCAUGAAGGACUAUGGAAUUGGCAGUGUCCUAAGUGGAGGAGGAAGCGUGCCAGGCCCUCAGGCCACCCCACAGGAUUGGAUCAAUAUGGUUAAUGCUUACCAAAAUGGUUCACUUUCAACCAGGCUUGGGAUCCCAAUGAUUUAUGGCAUUGAUGCUGUUCAUGGACAUAACAAUGUUUAUAAGGCCACUAUAUUCCCUCAUAACGUUGGCCUUGGUGCAACAAGGGAUCCUGAGCUUGUAAAGAGGAUUGGUGCUGCAACAGCUCUUGAAGUUAGAGCUACCGGCAUAAAUUAUGUAUUUGCACCCUGCAUUGCGGUUUGUCGAGAUCCUAGAUGGGGUAGAUGUUAUGAAAGUUACAGUGAAGAUCCAAAGAUCGUCAAGGAAAUGACAGAAAUUAUAGAUGGAUUGCAAGGGGAACUUCCUAAGAAUUCACCCAAGGGUGUUCCUCACAUUGGCGGAAAGGACAAGGUUGUGGCUUGUGCCAAGCACUUUGUGGGAGAUGGUGGCACAACCAAGGGGAUCAAUGAAAACAACACUGUGAUUGAUAGGCAUGGUUUGCUUAGCAUUCACAUGCCAGCUUAUUAUGAUUCCAUCAUUAAGGGAGUGGCAACAGUUAUGGUUUCCUACUCCAGCUGGAAUGGAGAGAAAAUGCACGCCCACCGUGAUCUUGUCACCAAUUUCCUCAAGGGCACCCUUAGAUUCAGGGGCUUUGUCAUCUCUGAUUGGCAGGGUAUUGAUAGGAUUACAGAUCCUUCCCAUUCAAACUAUACACAUUCAGUUUUGGCUGGAGUCCAAACUGGCAUUGACAUGGUUAUUAUUCCUUUCAACCAUACCGAGUUCAUUGAUACUUUAAUCAGACUUGUCAAAAACAAUUUCAUUCCAAUGAGCCGUAUUGAUGAUGCUGUUAGGAGGAUUUUGAGAGUCAAAUUCAAACUUGGUUUAUUCGAAAAUCCCAUGGCUGAUGAAAGCUAUGUUGGUCAUCUUGGAAGCCAGGCUCAUAGAGAUUUGGCAAGGGAAGCUGUCAGAAAGUCGCUUGUUUUGUUGAAGAACGGAGAAAAUGCUGAUAAUCCUAUGCUACCUCUUCCCAAGAAGUCAUCUAGGAUCCUGGUUGCUGGAAGCCAUGCCGAUAAUUUGGGCAAUCAAUGUGGUGGUUGGACUAUCUCUUGGCAAGGACUUGGCGUAAACAACCUCACUGCUGGUAACCGAACUACCAUUCUCAAAGGAAUUAAAGCGGCUGUUGAUCCGAGCACAGAAAUUGUCUAUAAAGAGAACCCUACCGCUGAUUUUGUCAAAUCUAACAACUUCUCCUAUGCCAUUGUCGUUAUUGGUGAGCCUCCUUAUGCUGAGGGACAUGGGGACAAUUUGAACUUGACAAUCCCAGACCAAGGUCAAUAUACUAUGUACAAUGCGUGCGCCAACAUCAAGUGUGUGGUUGUUCUAAUUUCCGGAAGACCUCUGGUGGUAAUGCCCCAUCUUGAACAAGUAGAUGCACUUGUUGCUGCAUGGCUGCCAGGGUCGGAAGGCCAAGGAGUCGCUGAUGUUCUUUUUGGAGACUACGGAUUCACUGGGAAACUGCCUCGUACCUGGUUCAAGACUGUAGAACAGCUCCCAAUGAAUGUUGGUGAUCCUCGUUAUGACCCCCUGUACCCAUUUGGUUUUGGCCUGACCACCGAACCUGUCAAGUCAACAAACUAGUCUCAGGUGUCUUGUCUCAAUGGUCGUAGUCUAUAGUUAACAGUUUUGUUUUUGGACUUUCUCUUUUCCCAAUCCUUUUCUCAAUAACUACCAGUUAAUGCCAUUAUUACAAUGAAAGAGGUUUAGUUUGCUAUUGUUAUGGAAUAUAAUUGUAGUAUUAGAAGGCAUCCUACUUA